AUGNGCGGCCUCCAAUGUCUCCAUGCGCCUUCUUCGACAACGCCGUCAACCCUCGGACGCCGCUCCAUCUGGGGCUUCUUUGGCAAGAGAAAGGACGACAGCAACCUCAGUUCCAGGUCAGGCCAAGCGACAAACCCUGUACUAGACCAAUACCUCAAGAAGAAGCCAACCAAGCAAAGCGCCGAGAGCUUGCAGCGUGGUGACCUUGCCGAAACAUCCAUCUUCGAGGGCGAACGCCAGGUACAGGAACGCCAGGACGAGAAGGACGCGACCGAAGUUGGCGGCCGUAACUUGGGUGCCAUGGCCACCAUCCUCGACCCUCACCCAGUGGCACGCGAGCGAUGGCAGCGCAAGAUGGCCAUCCGCGACAUUCGCAAGGGUGGUCGCUUGAACAAGGAAACGUUUAUCAAGCGCACCGAGAGAGAAAGUGUAGGCAAGAGCGAGAACAUCAAGACGAGCAUUAAGAAGCUGGGUCCUAUUGCACGCCAAAUCGCCGGCAAGACCGUCGACGACGCCAUUGUCCAGCUGCGCUUCAGCAAGAAGAAGGCCGCCAUCCCGGUUCUCAGCUACCUCGAGUACGCCCGUGAUGAGGCCAUUGUCGCCCGUGGUAUGGGUCUUGGCCAGCCCACCGUAGCCGACUCGGCCAAGCCCGUCGACAUUCGCCUCAAGGACGGCAAGAGACACACUGUCGAAGAUCCUUCAAAAAUGUACAUUGAUCAGGCAUGGGUCGGUAGAGGUCCCUACGGAAAGCUGCCCGAAUACCGUGCAAAGGGCAAGAUCAACAUUCUGCGCACUCCCUGGACACAUAUCGGUAUGGUGCUGAAGGAGGAGGCCACCAGAGUCAGACAAUACAAUGAGCGCGAGGACAAGAGAAAGAAGCAGCGUGAGGCCAAGGUCUGGACUCCCCUGCCCGACCGCCCCAUCCAGGGACAGAGGCAGUGGUACUCGUGGUAG